UAAAACCCUUUUCCUUUUUUUACCUUUCAAGUAAAUGGGGUUUGUUAUUUUUUCAUAUGAAAGAUUGUUGUAAGAAAAAGUUUGGUUUUUGAAGUCCAAAUCCUAUGCUUUAUCUCUAGAUUGUAUAUGAUCAAAAAAUUUCUUCUACACAAACCCAAAAGCAAAGUCUAUGAUUCUCUCUUGAAUAGUCAUUGUCUUCUUUUUAAAAACUAAUUAAUUAUUCAUAUGUCCUUAUGCAUUUUGUCAAUAAAGAUAUCCUUUAUUAUUCAACUGAAGUGGUUGGGGAGAUUUUGUAAGCAAGUUAGAUUCAUUCAUGCAAGGUGUAUGUAUAUGUGGAUAUGUGAAUUCAUUUGUGUAUGUAUAUGUGUGCAUGUCUUUGUCAAAGCUAAAAAAGAAAAACAAAUUGUGUGGGACCACCUAACAUUUUUUUGAGGCUCUUGGUAACAUCAAAAAUUGAUAAUUAAAUAAUAAUUUUGAUAUGGUAGAUAGAUAGAAUCACAAUCUAGAAAGGAUUUUUGUUCUUGUAUAUUUUUGGAGUGUUGAAUAUGUGGAUUAUUGUUUGUGAUAGUGAUGACCUUUGGCCAUUUGGAAAGAGAAGCUUAUGUGUUUUGAAAUUGCAAUGCAUGGCUGGCUUGUUCUUUUUCCUUAGCAUCAAGACUUUGGGACCACUUUUGGUUUUGUUAUAAUAUAUUCAUAACAUACCAAUCAAUCUUACUAGUUAUGGGUUAUGGCUUUUAAUUUUUGCAUGCUGCGACACUUAUGUCAGGACUUGAGACCUAUUUCGGAGCUGUUAAGUUUUUGGAGGCUCUGUGUAGGUUAAUUAUGGUUAUAUCGUGUGAUGAAUCAAGUAGGGUCCUAUUUUGCCACGGAGGUAUAGUUUGCCUUGUACGUCUUCAGAGACGGUCCUGAGCAAAUAUGGAUUUGAAUUGUUUGUAUUCUUAAUUCACACAAUCGUGCAAUUAGAGUGAUUUAUAUCUUUAUAUUGAAUCAGACGAUUCACAUCAUAUAUUUGUCAAAUUGUUGGUCUGCGUCAGAGAGUGAAGAGGGGAUAGAUGUUAGAAAGAUGAUGGAACAUAAAAGGAGCAUUUGCUCUGUUGAUCAAAGCAAUUAUAAUUCAAUUGCAUCUAAAAAGCAAAAGCCUGAUUUAUCGAUCACCACUAAGGAUAGAAAGGAAAAGAUUGGCGAACGAAUUGUUGCUCUUCAACAGCUUGUUUCACCUUAUGGAAAGACAGAUACGUCUUCUGUUCUAAAGGAGGCAAUGGAAUACAUAGGGUUCCUUCAUAAACAAGUUAAGCUGCUUAGUGCUCCUUACCUUGAAACUACACCAGCAAUCCAGAUGCAGGAUACAGAGUCAUGCAGCCUUAGGAGUAGAGGGUUAUGUCUUGUUCCUGUCUCAUUUACUACUGGAGUUGCUGAGGGCAAUGGUGCAGACAUUUGGGCUCCGAUCAAGACCACUUCGCCCGGUUCUGAGAAAGAUGUUUCUCAAAUUCAGUGAUUAACUUUGUCAACUGAGCAACCUUAAGGUUGACAAGUUGCUAAACAAGUCUAUUAGCAUUAAAAUUUAUUGUCUAUUAUAGAUGGAAUCAUAGUACCUAAAUUAGUCAUAAGCUUUAAGAACUCUUCUAUGAAGAAGUUAUCCCAUACCUUAAUAAUUUUAAACUGGUGAUGGGAGUAACGUUUCUAGUAUAUAUGGAUUCAGUUCUAUGUGCUGAUUUUUAAGUGUAUAUUUAAAAAUUCUAGUUGUAUGAUGAAUGGUUCCAUGUACUGAUUAGCUUAAUGAAAUUCAGUUUCUAUGA